AUGGCCGGAAAGGGGGAAGGACGGGCGAUCGGGAUCGAUUUGGGCACCACGUAUUCGUGUGUGGCAGCAUGGCAACACAACCGCGUCGAGAUCAUAGCAAACGACCAGGGUAAUCGCACCACGCCCUCUUGUGUCGCUUUCACCGACGACGAGUAUCUCAUUGGAGACGCCGUCAAGAAUCAAGUCUCUAAUGCCGUCUUUGAUGUAAAAAGGCUAAUUGGCCGCAAAUUCAAUGAUCCAAUGGUUCAGAGUGACAUGAAACAAUGGCCAUUCAAGGUCAUUCCUCACCCCACCAACAACAACAAGCCUAUGAUAGUAGUGACCUACAAAGGAGAGGAGAAACAAUAUUCAGCUGAGGAGAUCUCUUCAAUGGUGCUCUCCAAGAUGAAGGGUAUCGCCGAGGCUUAUCUUGGAUCAUCUGUCAAGAAUGCUGUUGUGACCGUGCCUGCUUAUUUCAACGACUCUCAACGUCAGGCCACCAAGGAUGCUGGAACCAUUGCCGGCCUCAAUGUUAUAAGGAUCAUCAAUGAGCCUACUGCUGCAGCCAUCGCUUACGGUCUGGAUAGAGAGGGUAGUGUGGCUAAGAAUGUGCUGAUUUUCGACCUUGGUGGUGGCACGUUCGAUGUGUCUGUGGCUAGGAUUGAGGCGGGCAUCAUUGAUGUGAAGGCUAUUGCCGGUGACACUCAUCUUGGAGGUCAAGACUUUGACAGUAGGAUGGUGAAUCAUUUCGUGAAAGAGUUUGAAAGGAAGCACGGUAAGGAUAUUAGUACGAAUCCGAGAGCUGUUAGGAGAUUGAGGAGUGCUUGUGAAAGGGCCAAGAGAGUCCUUUCCUCCACUCCCCAAACUAAUAUUGAGAUUGAAUCUUUGUUCGAGGGGAUUGAUCUGUUUUCGAGUAUCACUCGUGCUAGGUUUAAUGAGCUCAACAUGGAUCUGUUCAACAAGUGUAUGAAACUGGUUGAUAAAUGCUUGAGUGAUGCAAAGAUGAGGCGGAGGAGUGUGGAUGAGGUGGUGCUGGUGGGCGGGUCGAGUAGGAUUCCAAAGGUGCAGGAGAUGUUGAGGGAGUUUUUCAAUGGGAUGGAGGCGUGCAAGAGCAUCAAUCCAGACGAAGCAGUGGCGUAUGGUGCUGCAGUGCUGGCAGCCAAGUUUAGCGGCGAAGGCGAUGAGAAUGUGCAAAUCCUCAUUCUUUCCGAUGUUACUCCGCUGUCACUUGGUCUUAGAGGUUAUGACGAUGCGAUGGAUGCAUACAUUCCGAGGAAUACACCAAUCCCAACAAGGAUGAAGGCUGAUGCUUUCAAAAAGAGGUGUUUUGAUGAGAGGGAUGACAACAUUUCCAGAGGAACACUGUGGAUGAAGUGGAUUGAGUAUAAGGAGACUUUACUCUUGUCUCUUAUUACGGGGUUGAUUUUCUUUUUUGUUCUAAAAAGAGCAACUAAAUCCACUCUUACUGAAGCGGAAUUAUAUCUUAUAUUUAAUAAAUAA